CAGUUACGAUCUAGCAGCCGGCAUCUGAACACCGGAGCACAAAAAGGGAAACGGCCCCACAGUUGCGGAAAACGGGCACAAAGCGUGUACCCGAGAGAACAGGCGGGACCCACCCAAUCCGUUACCGGCGAGAACCCGCUUCGUUCGAACGUCGGGGGACCGCACGCAAUCGAUUCCUGGCGCCGCCGUUGACGCCGCUGCGACAAAGGUCGGCUGAUACGCGUGUUCGCGACAAGCUGCAACACACUUGGAAGCAGGACGAUAGGGGAGCAGGGUGCGUGGUAGGGCUCUCUUACGCAGCCGGCAAAGACGGCGACGACGCGCGAAACUGAUUUCGGUGUGUUGGCCUUGGCGCAUCGAUUGAUUACACAGGCGGGCACAGGUGCUGCUAAGUGCGGGGUACGGGGGAUUAGCGGUGCGUGUUACGUGAUUAGGUUUGUUAGUGGUCCUAUGGAAAAGAGCAGGAAGGAAGCAGGAAGUACGUGUGUGUGUGUGUAAGUGUGUUUCACAGGGUGCAUCCGGCUGCACACAUUGUCCAGCACAAUUUGGUAGUGACUCAGUUCUCAUCAGGCGCUUCCCGUGAACAGAUCGAUAGUGUGUGCGGUUGAUGGGUACGCAGGAAGGUGUCGGUUAUGCAGUCAGCCUAAUUGUAAACAGAGAGUGCCCCGUGUGACGAGUGCGUUUUCUUAUCGCGCGCGCCCGCUGGCAAACGUCGCGCUCGAACGUGCGGUCAAUGUGGGUUGAUGAGUUCGCGUUUGCGAUUGUGAUAAACGUAGGAAGGAGGCUACAACGAAAUAGCGGUGCAAGUGUGUUCCAUUAGCAAUUAGCCUGUUCCAAAGCAACGAGCGAUAGGGUGGAAGAAUUCAAAUCAAACAUUCGAGACUCAUCGCCAGGGCUUGCUUACAGACUUACCACACGGCGCUUUGCGGGAAUCCCAACGUGUUGGGACAGCGGGUCAUCUGUACAUGUUGGUCCCGUACAUGCUGUAUGUUCAGUGCGAAUGAAUUAUGCAGACGAUAGAUGAGCCGACUGCUCGACAGGGGCGUGCGAUUCUCUGUGGUAGCGGCGAUUCACAGUGAAGCCAAGUAGAGCAUACGCAUCGAUCGGUCCUUUAAGAUAGAUCACCGAGAUAGAAAGGCUUGCUCAUGGUGCAAAUUAGUCUAAAUUGAAGUGCCUACAACACCACACCAGUGUUGCCUGUAUUUGCCGGGCUUUGCAACGUGGCUACGAUUGAGCUCUGUUGCAAGAUCUCCACUUUGUAUAACGUUUCCAGUGGCGCAACGAGACGAAACACGCGCACACACCAACGGAUCAAAGUGCUAAUUCGUCUUCCAUUUUCCCCCGUGAACAACCGAUUGGCCCACCCCCUUCAUCGCUUCGUCCCGAGAGCCAAACAGCGAGAUGCGAACAAGACCGGCGCGAUGAAGAUCCAGCGCAAAAAACCGAUCGCCUUUCUGCUGAUCGUUGCGUUCGGCGUCCUGUUCUUCUGCAGCGACAACCUGUAUCUGUUUCACAUGGCGAAGGUGCGCCGCAAGGUGGUGGAACAGGAGCAGAAUCUCACCGUCGGGCUGGAGGUGGUGCAAAGGCUCUGGCAGGCCUGGGCCGUGCCGGAACCGUCGCCUCUGCAGUCCGGGGGCGGUGGUCCAGUUUUCGCGACCACGGCGGCACCGUUCGAGCAGCAUCACUUCAACCGCACGGUUAGCGACCGGCUCGGCAUCAGUCGACCCAUUCCAGAUACGCGCCAUCCCAAUUGUUUACAGCGCACCUACCUCACGACGCCAGGGCGUACCACAUCUGUGAUAAUAACGUUCCAUAACGAGGCGAUCUCAACGCUUCUGCGAACGAUUGGCAGCAUUCUGCAGCGCACUCCGCUGGAUAUGUUGCACGAAAUAAUUCUAAUUGAUGACAGCAGCACUAACCACGAAGACGACGCCCAGCAGCAUCCUGCAAAAGACGAUCGAAGAGAACAAAGUACGCUGCGAUAUUAUGAAUUACUUGCUCAAAUUCCACUCGUCCGUUAUUACCGGAACACAGUGCGACAAGGAUUGAUACGUUCCAGAAACAUUGGUGCAACGUAUGCAAGUGGAAGUUUCGUGCUCUUCUUGGACAGUCACUGUGAGGUGAAUCGGGGAUGGCUGGAACCGCUGCACGAUCGGUUAGCGAUCGACCCGACGGCAAUCCUUAGUCCGGUGAUAGACAUCAUCGAUCCGCACACCUUCGAGUAUCGGGCCAACAGUGCCCGGUUGCGGGGCGGCUUCGACUGGAGCCUUCACUUUCGCUGGUUACCGAUCGCGGAGGAGGAGUUUGAGCAUCGCCGCCAUGAUGAGUCGCUACCCUUCUACAGUCCUGCCAUCUCCGGUGGGAUAUUCAUCGUGGCGAAGAGUCUGUUCCAGCAGUUGGGUGGAUUCGACCCGGGGAUGGACAUUUGGGGUGGCGAAUCGCUCGAGAUGUCCCUGAAGGCGUGGAUGUGCGGGGCGCACGUGGAGGUAGUACCGUGUUCACGCAUCGGGCACGUGUUCCGCCGAAAGCAUCCGUUCAGUUUUCAGCCGGACGGUAGCCAUUUGACGUACCUACGCAACACGAAGCGUGUGGCCCUUGUCUGGAUGGAUCAGUUUAAGAACUUUUUCUACGAAACUCGCCCGGAAGCAGUAGCGGUCAAUGCUGGAUCGAUCACCGAGCAGCAGGAGCUGCGCCGUUCACUAAACUGUCGCAAAUUCAGCUGGUAUUUGCAGAACGUCUUCCUCGAUUUGCGCCUACCGAACGAGAACAACGUUGCGUUCGGUCAGCUGCGACACGGUGAACGCUGUCUCGCCCUAAAACCAAAGAGAAGCCUAGUCUCGGCUAGAACGCGUAAGCACGUAGCCGAGAAUGACGUCACGCUGCUGGAGUGUGUAUCGCGCGAACCGGACGGUAAUGAAGGCCAGAUGCAUUGGGCGCUGCAUAAAACCACCGGUCAAUUGCGCACGGAACGGACGAUUUGUCUCACUGUGCGCAAUGGUUUUGUACUGACUGAACGAUGUCGCCAGAAGAGCACCGUUGCUCCAGCGAACGAGAAUAGUGGUGGACAGCGGUGGCAGCGAAAGGGUGGUACGCUUAUACACGAGGCUAGCGGCAUGUGUUUGGAAAGUCUCGUAAGGGAAGAUGUGGGCGCAUCGGAGUGCCGCCGUGGUGCGCCAUCGCAGCUGUGGAGUUUCUCCGUGGAAGUGCAGCAGCUCAUGUAGCUGUGGUUUGGGGCGUAAGCCGAAAAUAUACAACGCGUUACUUAAAAUUUA